AUGUAAGUACAGAGGAGUCUCUCCCCCUACCAACAGGUCAAAGGACGAUUUUGAUGCAGGUCAUAUUUAUCAUGUUGCUGCAGAUUUUUCAGUCAUCAGGUAUUUCUUUGGCACGUUCCUGGAAUAUCAACUGUACAGGAAAGCCUGCUGGAACAAGGGCCUCAAGGGGCCGUUAUACAUGUGUGACAUAUCAGGCAGUCUAGUCGUUGGGGACGGAUUCCG